ACGGUAACCUUGGAUACCCAACGUUAGGAUAAGAAGGUAGUUAUCCUAGUCAACAAACGAUGAUAAAAGUUUAACAUGAUUAAAAUAAAGGAUAUAAGAAUGCCCCAAAAUAACACUGACCGUUUAUUGGACAACCUACUAGAAGAUGAGGCUGAGAGAGAAGGUCUUCUUGCCAAACCCACCUGCUUCAUCAUAGUUGGAAGACCGGGUGUUGGCAAAACCACCUUGGCCAAAAAUAUUGCAGAGUCCUGGCAGUGUAUCUUAAUUAAUGACACAGAUCUGCUCAACACACACAUUAAGAUUAAAACAGAGCAAGGCAAAGAGCUCUUGAGUAUCUUAUCUAAGGGGAAAAGUGUACCAGAAGACAUGGUGCUCCAGCUGAUUCUUGCCAGGCUUGACUCACCAGAUGUGGAGCACUAUGGGUAUGUGCUGAGCUGCCUGCCGUUCAUGUCAGAAGACGGUCUGACGAUUCAUAAGCAGACUGAGCUGAUUAAAAACCUCAAACUAACACCUGAUUUCAUCAUCAACAUCAAGUUUGCAGACAAAGACCUGGUCCAUCGGCUGUCAAGUCUGAAGCAGAACCCUGAGACAGGGCAGCUGUACAACAGGGAUCAGUGGCAGCAUGAGGAGGUGUUUAACACGGAGACGGUUCACUUUGAUGAGGAAACGGAGGAUGAGGAGGAUGAGGAGGAGCUGGACGAUGGAGAAGAACUCAAAAAGGAUAUCAUUGACCACAUGGUGUGGACACCAGAGAAUUUGGCCGGAAAUGCUUUAAAUAGAAUCAACAGGUACAAGGAUACCAUGCUCAAACCGCUGGAGGACUACAUGACCAACCACAACCCCCUCUACCUGCUGGAGCUGGAUGGAAACAACACACCUGAAGAGCUGCACUCGUGUGUAAUGUCCCGUCUUGGAUCCAUGGCAAUAAAGCGUGUCCCCAUUCCAGUCAUCCUCCACCAGACUGAUGAUGAAGAACUGGAAGAGGACAUUCACACGGACGACCUAGUGAGAAUUAUGUCCUCCUCCAGGACAGCGGCCCCUGGCUUCGGAUGGAGAAGGAGCCGCUGGGGCCGAACUUGUCCCGUUGCUCUGAGGGAGGGCAAGGUCAUUCCUGGCAAGCCUGACUUUUGUGUGGGCUUCCAGGACAAAAUGUACGUCCUCUCAUCUCCGGAGGCCGCCCAGAAGUUUGUCACAAACCCCCGACGGUACUUACUUCCUCCAAUGCCCAGUCCCCCGUGCAGAGUUUCCAUCAUCGGACCUCCACAGGCGGGGAAGAGCACUCUGUGUAAGCUUCUAGCUCAGCAAUACAAUGCAUCGGUGCUUGAUAUGCCGGCGUUGGUGCAGUCGUUUCUGGCCAAGGUCGAGCAGAAGAGGCUCGACGAAAUCAGAGAAGAGACGACGCAGGUCGCUAUAGAGAGAAUCAAGAUGAAGAUGGAGCGGGAGGGCGGACAGAAUUCAGAUGAAACAAAUUCUGUAGAAGUGACAGAGGAUCAUCCAGAGGUAAAAGCCAUGGUGCUCAGUGCGCUGGAAAAAGCCCCAAAAGCCCCAAAAGCCCCUGGCACGCAUCCUCUCAGCCUGUAUGCUGAGGUACUGAAGAGGCGUGUAAAAGAGAUUGAAGAGGCUGACACUGAUGCAGAUGUCAAAACUGGCUGGGUGCUUGACAACUUUCCCAAGGACUAUUCCCAAAUGGAUGCCUUAGAGCAAUCUGAAGUCAUGCCAGACUUCCUCUUCUGUCUCAGAGACAGUGAUAGCAAACAGGUUUUGAAGAGAUUGCACGAGACAAACGAGGACAAAAUAGUGAGGAAGAGCUUGCAGGACGAGCAAUCUGAGAAGGAGAAACAGGCCUUAGACCAGAAGGAGCCAGAAUCAGAGGUAGAGGCCAAGCCUGCAGAGCUGCUAACAAAUCUAGAGACAGUUGCCGAAGAGAGCGAAGAAAAUCCUGAAGAAUCUGACACCAGCAGCUCUCAACAACCUGCCGUUAUCCAAAAGGAAGCUGUGGUACUACCUGAUCAGUGGGACUUGGGUGAUCAAGACGGCUCGGAGAUGAAUGACUAUGAACAGCAAAUGCAAAAGUUUGUGUCCGAUUGGGACGAAAUUCAGUACACUCUAACCAUCACCAACUCAGAACUGGAAAUUGGCGGCAAAAGCCCCGAGGACCUGCUUAAAGAGAUAAUCCUUCAGAUGAAGAAACCCUUUGAGUAUUUGUCCUGUGAACUGACAGAGAUGGACCUGGACAAGGAGGCCGAGGAUAUGGAGGCCUUAGCUGAGCUGGAGAGAGCCGAGGAAAGCAGCAGUGACAACGACACAGAAGAGGAGGAGGAGGAACCGGAGGAGACAACAGCCAAGAGAUUAUUAGGCGACACCCAUCAUUUCUGCCCCGUGGCCUUAAAAGAACAUAACGUCCUGGUGCCCUUGGAGGAGGAAAUUGCAGCCAAGUACCGUGAGAAGACCUACUACUUCUCAAGCCCAGAAGCAAGGGACUCCUUCCUUAAAAACCCGGAUGAAUUUGUUGUACAGACUGAGCCUCUCAAGCCUCCUGCCCUGCGGAUCUUUUUGGUUGGCACCCGAGGGUCAGGCAAGUCCACUCAUGGUGAGUGGCUCGCCAAGCAGCUUGGCAUCUUCCAUAUUCAGUUCAGGGAGCUACUCCAAAUGCUCCUCGUGGCCAAGACAAAGGAGCGGGUACCUUAUUCUGAUGAGGUAGAUCUUUCAGAGGAGUCUGCUGUGGACUUGGAGGCCCUGAUAGAGGAAGCCAGGGGGGAGGAUGAGAAGGAGACGGAUGAGAAGGAGACGGAUGAGAAGGAGACGGAUGAGAAGGAGACGGAUGAGAAGGAGACGGAGGAGAUCAACGUCAACGUGAAUAACAUUGAGCCGGCAGUGGUCCUGACUGAUGAGGAAAGGGCCAUCAAAGCCUACCUGUCUGAUGGAGAUCCACUGACUCCACAGAUCCUGGAUAUGGUUAUCACACCAUACUGGAAACAGGAACCAUACAUGUCUACAGGUUUUAUUCUGGAAGGCUUCCCUCACAAUCACGAAGAGGUGGAGUUCAUGUCGCAACGACAGCUUUUCCCUGACGUAGUCGUAAUGUUGGUGGUGGAUGUCAUGGAUGUUCAGCAGCGUCUGUUACCAGCAUACCUGGAGAGCUGGCGUGAGCGCCGCAACCACCGUGAAGCACAGCUGGACCUCCUUCGUGAUCUACAGAAGAAGAAGCGGGAGAAGGACAUUGCCAAGAGAAGGGCUGAACUCAGAAAGGAUGCUAAAUCAAACCUCAGACAUCGUGGGGAAGAAGAAGACGAUGAUGAGGAUGAAACUGAAGGCAACAUAGAGGAUGAGGUAGAGGCCAUGCUGGAAGAGGAGUUUCCUUCAGAUGAGGAUGAUGAAGACUUGAGGAACAAGGAGACUGAGGACGCAGCGUCUGAUAGGUUGGAGAUGGAGAUAGCAGAUCGUUAUGUAACAGAUGAAAACAGCGUUCUUACUGUGACGGAGCUCCUGAGUGAACUAAACAUAUCCAAAGUGCUGAUCGGCGCAUCUCGCAAGCCCCGCAUUGUGCGGCAUGGGCUGCUCCAGAAGAUCCAGCCCCUGCUGACCGACAGGGAGUCGCUCUUCCAGAAGUGCCAGCCCAUCUCAUAUAACCUGGCACACAAGCUGCUGCUCUCCUCUUAUAAGGUCCACAGUGGCUUUGGCUGCUGGGACCCCAUACAGCAAUACAAAGAGAGAGAUUUGAUGCAGCCUCUGCAGUGGCCCCUCAACACCACAUAUCCCCUGAUCUUCAAUCAGUACAUCUACUUCUUUGCAUCUAAGGAGAACCGCAACACAUUUAUGCUGAACCCCUUGAAGUACCUCCGGCAGCCAAAGCCUUUCCCGCCCUUUCCUGUUAGAAUAGCUGUUGUUGGACCGCCCAAAUCUGGAAAAACCACUGUGGCGCAGAUGUUCGCUCAGAAAUACGGCUUGGCCUGUCUGUCCAUUGGCGGCGUUAUGCGUAUGGUGCUUCAAAAUCAGCCGGACACUGAUCUGGCUGUCCAGAUGAAAAAGCAUCUCUCCCAGGGCCUCAUCGUGCCUGAUGAACUGGCCAUUCAGUGUCUGGAGGUGGCCCUCUUGAGCUUGGUCUGCUGCAUUCGAGGGUACGUGUUGGAUGGCUUUCCGAAGACACUAAAGCAGACACAGCUGAUGGAAUCUCAGAGCAUCAUCCCCAUGAUAGUAGUUGAGCUGGAGCUGGACACAGUUGAGGUGCUGAAGAGAGGCCUUCUGGACAAAAUGAAGCCCAACAAGCCUCACCUGAUGCACGACAGCUCAGAGAUCCUCCACAAUCAUAACUCCCUUUACAAGCGGGAGACGGAGCAUGUGAGGCCACAUUUUCAGGAACAACACCAGAACUGGAUCCAGCUCGAUGGCUUGAAGAGCAAAUGGUGGAUCUGGGACAGCAUUAUAAAGGAGGCCAGCAUCAGCAUGAAAUACAUCCACAGCUACCUGGAGAGGACGUUCAGCAAACAAGCAGCCUGCAUCAACAGAAUGUGCAUCACACCCAAAGAGCUGCAGUGUCGGCUCGGAGAGUUUGAUCACUACUGUCCCGUCUGCCUGGCUCUACAGCACCAUCUGGUGGACUGCUCAGAGAUUGCAGCCUUAACUCAUGCAGCUGAGUACAGGGGACGCUAUUACCGGAUGUGUGACGAAGACCAUUUAGAGCGGUUCCUGAACACUCCAGAUGAGUUUGUGAAUCCUGGCGGCCCACACGCUCUCCCACAAGCCCACCUGCUGCCAAGAAAGCUAACUGAGAUCCAGGUGAAGAACAAGUUCCCACAGCAAGUUGAGCUGAAGGGCUUCUGCCCGGUCACUUAUCUGGAUGGAAAGCAAAGGUAUGAAGCUCUGGUUCGGGGAAAGAUGGAAUACGCUGUUGAAUACAGAGAACGGAUCUACAUUUUUGAGACGAAGGAGAAACAGGACAAGUUUAUGAGGACUCCUGAAACCUACUGGAACCAGAAGCUGCCCAGUAAAGUUCCUCCUCUCUGCAUCCCUGUACCGCUCACCUCCCUCCCAACGCUGGGCUACCUGGAGCAGGGUGUGUCAGUAUCAGUCAUCAAGGCCAUGACGGCGGUUGGGUGUCUCAAACCAAAGUAUCCCUUCAUCAGUAUACAAAGAUCAUCACUCCUCUAUGUGGCCUUCUAUCUGAAAGCUUUCAACCACAAGAGCACAGACUACAUCCGCCAGAAGUACAAAAAGAAGCUGGCCUUGUUUGAGGAGCACUGUGCGCUCAUUCCCUACCUGAGCUCAACAAUGAGAGGCAACUACAGGCCUCCCAGUGAACGGCCCAUUGACUUUGAGUUCAAACUGAACAGGUUCCUGGCUUUGGGAGAGCCGUGAUGUGUCUAGUGGAUGCUGAACUUUCCUUUUCUUGCAUCACACACAACACAAAAUGAAAGAAACAAUCGUUCUCAGGGUAAUGGCCUCUGGUUAAAGAGACACUAAAUGAAAUGUUAAGCUACUUGAAUGCAGAAUUAAUUCAGAAUAUGAUGGAGCGGAGAUUGUCCUCUGUUAGCAGUAAAUUGCUCUCCAUCUGCACCUGUCUUGUGGGUCGCAUUAUCAACAACAAAUCCCCUCGUCUGUUUAAAACUGAGCAAGUAUCUUUUUUUUGCAGUUAAUCUUCAAGAAGAAAAUCUAUACGUUUUCUAUCUUUAAUAAGUAGAGGCUUUGUUUGGUUUUUGUGUUUAUUUAUAUUCAUUA